AUGGCAGAUGUGGAGCCAAUUGGUCAACAUGAGAUUAUAGUUGACGAGCCUGAGCUUAUCAGCUGUUUGAACGAUGAUGAGGACAUUAAUAGAAUCUUUCUGUUCAAAGAAAAUGGCAUCUCUUCCUACAACGUUGAUCUUUCAAUGAUCGAGAACCACGAGUUCAUUAAUUUGAAUGGAGCGGUGGCAAUUGCAAAGUUUGAGUUUGGUGAGCCUGCUGCCAAAUAUGUGAUUGUUUUGAAGAGUAAUUGCGAGAUUUUAGUACUCGGGCUUCCUGCUUUCGAACUAACUCAAAAGCGGCAACUCAGCUUUAACGGUGUUUCUACGUUUCGCAACGCCUUUUUAUUCUUCGACAGUGACUAUAGACGUCUGCACAUCUGCGUGAACGCACAUCACAUUUUUGAGAUUCAAACUCGCGACAUUUUGAAUUCUGACGGCCUACUUGAAUGCCGUCAGUUCCACCAAUCCACAAAUGAAGUUUUGGACGCGGUGUGUUUGAGUACAUUGGACGAGGGUUAUUUUGUCCUCAAGAGAGAUGUUAUUACCGGUUGCUUGAAAGUGGACUUGAUUUACCCCUACACUUUGGAGCCACAAGCGACGGAAAAAGACACAAAUGGGCAAGCCCCGGCCACUAAGAUGAUGAAUACUCUGUCGAAUCCAAGUAUUGAAGAUAUAUGGGCAUUCAGUUACCUGCACAAUCCUCAGCUGAUUGCUGUUGUAACUACGCGAAAACUACUCGUGCUGAAAGACAGUCUUAGCGUUUACGAAACUAAGGGUUUUGAGAAAAUAUCGGGAGGAUUGUUUGAUCAUCGCGCACCAUUUACAGGCUUGAGUUUACUCUACGACAGUGGGUCUUUAUUUUUGUCGAUGCAGGACAUAUCUGGUAGGGUGUAUUUCGCUUCAGUCAAUCUGUUCGAAACUUCGAGAUCAGUGUCAUGGCGUCAACUGCGAACUCACCCAACCUUGAAGACCUCGGAGACCUUGAAUACUAAUGGAUUGAGCAAAGUAUUGAGCCCAACUCAAUGUGCUCUCGUAUCUAGAUCUGGCUUUGUGGUUAUCAGCACGGUGAGACGUGAAGUGAAGUUUACAUUACCAUGCCAUCAGCACACAUACAUCGAUGCGACUUUCAUUGAGCAAAUCGAUGGACAGUUUUCUCAAAUUGUUGCUUGUGGUGGCGUUACUGCCGAUCGUGGUUUUCUUGAGUGUUUCAGAAGGAUCUGGAAUACUGAUGCACUAAAACUACUCGAGAGCGAUAAUUCGUUUGAAAAUCAAGGCCUCGAAGACUUCUGGGUGACGGAUAAUGGCAUGGUUGUUAGCACAGUUUUCUGCAAUCAAGAUGAUGAGCUCCGCUACGUCUCCAAAUGUGGCACAAAAUUACUACGCAAAGAAGCUCUUUGCGCUACACAGGAUAGUGGGGGCCGUGCUUUACUAUAUCUAGAUGCAACUUACCAUUUGCAAUUAGUGACAAAAGAUAUCAAGAGACAAAUAUGUUCAGUCACGCCUCCAAGCUGUGGCGACUCAUGGUCACUGUUCGCGUCCGUAGAACAAAAAAGCUGCGAACUGCCUUCCUUGAUUAUUAUUUCCAAAGGGAAGACUCUUUUAGUUCUUCGAAAUGGGAUUUUAGAAGCUUCGUUUGACACAGACUGUUUCAAUAUAAAAAGCAUUUGCGUGAAAACGCUUCCACAUACUGAUCAGUUUUUGAUCCUUGCCAGCAGCGAUAGCGGUUUAUUGUCGAAGAUCUUAUACCAGCCAACAGAGAAAUCUUUACGCAUACAGAAAACCAUACAAUUCGAGAAAGGCGUUCCACUUCAGCUUUGUGACAUCGGAGAUGAAGCUGAGUGCACUCCUACGCUGUUUGUUUAUAGCGGGAACAGACUGUGGAUUCUAAAUGUUGUCGAUGAGACGUGCAUCGAGUGCUUUGGUGAUUAUGGAAUCAAGCGCAUGCGGUUCCUAGGAAGCUGUAAGUUCAUAGCUCUGACACGUCAUGACGUAUUUGUUACGCUUCAUUACAACGACUUGAUGUGUCCGCUGUGGAUAUGGACUCGAAGGCAAUUUACAUUAGAUGGUGGCAUAGCCACGCAUUUAGUGAAGCUCGAGAAUCCUCGCUACGUGGUUUUCGCUAGCCAAGAUAGACAUAACGCCUGCAAGGUAUCUCUUUUCGACACUGCUACUCUUCAAAUCUUGCAUGAGUACGAGCUGCCUGAACGUGGUAUAAUUCGAGGAUUACUGAAGCUGCAAAAGCCUUACGACCAUAGCAUUAUACUAUCCUUUAUGGGAGAAUCUAAGGGCUGUGACUCUCUGAUCUUACUGUUGAUCGAGAAGAAACGACUCAUUCGUGCCGCUAGGCACAAAAUUGAAGGGGCGUCUGGAGCCUUGGCUCAAAAAGGUGAGACGAUAUUCCAUAGCGGAAGCCGUAUCGAUGUUUUUCACCUGCAUCAGAAAAGCGAUCAUUGGAGUUUCCACUCAAAUAAGAAGAAAAUCCGAGGAUCAGGAACUCUUACUUCUACGUGCUUUGCAAACGACCAGGGACAACUCACAGUGUGGGACUCCACGAGAGGCCUGAGAAAUUAUGAUCUAGGCUCAGGAAAUUGCUCGGUUCGAAGCUGUGCCAAAAAUUCGGAGAAUCCAGAGGAAAUAGUUGCACUAUUUGAAUCGAAAGUCUCGUAUAGCAAAGUACAUGAUGUCAGAGAGAUGUUGAGCCCGGUAAAACGAGCUGAAACAAAGCUAGAGUUGAUCAAAAUACAAAAAUCCCGACUUAACGCGUUUAAUGUCACAGGCAUCAAUGUUUCCGUGCAACAUCUUGAGUCUUCCUUCACCACAGAAGUCCCGCUAAUCAAGCAUGUAACGAAGGCCAAGCAAAUAGGACCUGCUGAUUGCCUGGUGUGCGCUAGGGGCGGACUUUAUAUAAGUAAAAUAAAAAAACACUCAGUAUAA